AUGUCCGACUUUGCGAACAAGUUCCGUCGCUCGCGACUCGACAUCCCACCCGCGACGUCCGGACGGCCGAGGAGCCAGGCGCUGCAGAAGCAGAUUGGGUACCUCGACGACUUCAAGAUGAAGGACUACUUUUUGUUUCAUGAUAGUGAUCCGGGUGAGGAUGGGGCUGUAUCUAUCGAUGAGUUGCCGGCCGCUGCGGUGUUCAUCCACAUGCGCAAUAAAGUCAUGACAGAGGGACACGAGGGGGCGUUGCUGUACUUUUAUCGCGUGCUGCAGAGGUCGAAUAGCGCCACCAGCGAGCGCAUGUACCAGAGAUUUGAACUUGAUCUGAGGAGGCAGAUCAAGAGGGAGUACGGUGAACCAGCAGAGCGUAUGUUCGCCGCUCUCGACCGCGGCCGCCCUCCCACGCCCCCCGAAGUCACAGUCGAAGAAGUAAAGCGCUCCCUGCGCUACCUCAAAGACCUCGGCCGCUUCAAAGAAGAGCUCGAGUACUACGUCCCCGAAGAGGACAACACGUCGCAGAUGAUGGGCCUGCAGGUCGGACCGAUGAAAGACGUCACUGCGAUCGUGCAUUUCCCGAAGGGGACGAUGCCGCCGCAGGUGCUGUUGGAUAUCGCGCGGGUGCCGAAGGACGCGCCGAGCGGGGCGAAGAAUAGGAAUGAGAGGAGGGCCGCGGCUAGGGCGAAGGCUAAGAAGUCGGCGGCGAAUCCGACGCCUGGGGCGCUCACGGAGACGCAGAAGCUGGGACCCAACUUCGAGGACUGGAAGCUCGCAGACGGUGUAGAGCACUCUCCCGCGCUGAAACGGCAGAUCGCGUUCCUCCGCGAGAACCCUAAAGCGGACUACAUCCUCUGGGGCAAAGAAGACGACCCGAUCAACGCCUACGCGCUCGAAUUCCAAGACUUCGUCAUGGGCGGCUCCUUCGCGGGCUACCGCCGCCGCCUCUUCAUGAACGGCGGCUCGGACCAGUACUCCCUCGCCUACCUCAUCCUCACCCUCGUCCCCGCCGUCCGCCGGCGCAAGAUCACGCUCCAAGCCAUCUCGACCCAGCUGCGCGACGAGUUCGGGAAGGAGUGGGUCGACCAGACGCUGGAGAGUAUAGACUGGAGCACGAUGCUGUGGAAGAGCCAUCUGACGGGCAAGCCGUUCAGGUGGGACACGAUCCCGAACUGUCAGGAGGAUCUGUUCGAGGUUAUGCCGAUGCUCAAGGCGCUGGGGAGGUAUCCGGACUAUCUGGGCAGGAUGACGAAUGAGAUGAUUCGGAAUGCGGCGAGGAAGAUGAAGGAGGAGGGGCAGAAGACUGUGAGUGAUAUUGGGAAUGGGAGGUCGGGGCCGAGGCCGGGGCAGCCUUUGAAAGGACCUGUGAAGACGCAGGCGCAGACGGGGGAUGUGGAGCGAUCUUUGCAGGAUUUGGCUUUGGAGGAGAUUGACUGA